GAGGGACGCCGGUCGGUGGGGAAGCGGCCGCUCGGUUGUUUGUGUCGCUCUCGCAGCUCUAGCGUGAACGGGAGCUCGGGCCCUGGGGGAGAGCGGAGCGGCUGGAGGAGGAACAGGCAGAGGCCGGGGGAAGGAGAUACAGGUGCCUUGGGGUCGCACAUCACCAGGUUCAGAAACAGUUAUUAUCUUUCAAUCAAAAGGCUCCUGAACCAGUGUGAAUACUCACCUCAACUCUGAACUGAUUCCACACCUAUAGACUCACUUUCAAGGACUUUACAACUCAGGUUGGAGAGAAGGCAGUACAUGUGAACACACAUUAUCAAACCAACAUCAUGAAUAGGAACAAACGUGACAACCAGUUCUACAGUGUAGAGGUUGGGGAUUCAACCUUCACUGUCCUGAAACGCUAUCAAAACUUGAAGCCCAUUGGUUCAGGAGCACAGGGAAUUGUAUGUGCAGCCUAUGAUGCAGUUCUCGAUAGGAAUGUGGCUAUCAAGAAACUCAGCCGACCAUUUCAAAAUCAGACUCAUGCGAAAAGAGCUUAUAGAGAAUUAGUCCUCAUGAAGUGUGUCAACCAUAAAAAUAUAAUUGGCCUGCUGAAUGUAUUUACACCACAAAAAUCACUUGAGGAAUUUCAAGAUGUUUACAUAGUGAUGGAACUUAUGGAUGCCAAUCUCUGUCAGGUGAUUCAGAUGGAACUAGACCAUGAGCGAAUGUCUUAUCUACUCUAUCAGAUGCUGUGUGGCAUCAAGCACCUUCAUUCAGCUGGCAUUAUACACCGGGACCUGAAGCCAAGCAACAUAGUAGUGAAAGCAGACUGUACAUUGAAGAUCUUAGACUUUGGACUGGCAAGAACAGCAGGAACUAGUUUCCUAAUGACACCUUAUGUGGUUACACGAUACUACCGUGCUCCAGAGGUCAUUCUAGGAAUGGGAUAUAAGGAAAAUGUUGAUAUCUGGUCAGUUGGGUGCAUCAUGGGAGAAAUGAUCAGAGGUGGUGUGUUGUUCCCUGGUACAGAUCACAUUGAUCAGUGGAACAAAGUGAUUGAGCAAUUAGGAACACCGGCCUCUGAGUUCAUGAAGAAGUUACAGCCAACAGUUAGGACGUAUGUUGAGAACAGGCCCAAGUAUACAGGCUACAGUUUUGAGAAACUCUUUCCAGAUGUUCUCUUUCCUGCGGACUCUGAGCACAAUAAACUGAAAGCAAGUCAAGCCAGAGACUUGUUGUGUAAAAUGCUUGUAAUAGAUGCAUCGAAGAGGAUUUCAGUGGAUGACGCACUGCAGCAUCCUUACAUUAAUGUUUGGUACGAUCCUGCGGAAGUAGAAGCUCCUCCACCCAAGAUAUAUGACAAGCAGUUGGAUGAGCGGGACCAUACUAUAGAUGAAUGGAAAGAGUUGAUAUACAAGGAAGUCCUGGAGUGGGAAGAAAGAAUGAAGAAUGGUGUUAUAAGAGGACAACCACCUUCUUUAGGUGCAGCAGUGAUCAAUGGUUCUCAUCAUCCAUCAUCAUCUUCAUCUGUCAAUGAUGUAUCCUCCAUGUCAACAGAUCCAACACUGGCCUCAGAUACAGACAGCAGCCUAGAGACUUCAGCAGGACCUCUGGGUUGUUGCAGAUGACUAGCCUUCCUCUCUCUGGGUUCUUACUGUUCGCGCUAAAUGAUAGAGAGAGUAGACCAGCUUUUAAAAAGCUCUAAUUUCAUUUUAAUUUUAUUGGAAUCAGUUUGCCAUAGAAUAUGACUUUGAAUUAUGUUUGGAUUUUGACACUGUAACUUAAAUACAGCAACGUUUAGUGUGGGGCAAUAACCCUUAAGCAUGACUUGUACAUUUGUAAAUGACUCAUUUAACAUCACUACAUUUAGGUCUGUUUUUGGGGGAAGAAGGUUCAGAAAAUACAAAUAAGCUCCAGCCUCCAUUGUGCAAAGGAGCAGCUUAGGCUAAAUUUCACUCUCGCAUGAAGUGAUUGCUGCCUUUUAAAUAUUCUGGGAUCUUUUCUACUCCACUUGGCUCACUGCUAGUUGUGGACUAGGACAAUAAGUUACCAUGUUUCCAAACAAGAUUGCCAGUGUCCGUAAUAAACCUUAGUUGACUGUGGCUUGCUUGCUUACAUAUCCAAAGCUGAGCCUGAGUGUUUUAAAUUUUAAUGCAGCCAUCUUGAGAAAAGGCUACUAUGUGCAGAGCUCGGAGAAAAUAUAGCGGUAUAAACAAUCACCUCCCCUUGUAUAGGCUGAUGGCGAGGAGUAGAAUUGAGAAGUAAAAAUGUGACACCAGAGAGAUUAGACCUCACAAGACUGAACAAAUGUUUUAUUUCUUGACUGAGUGCCAGCUCUGAAUUUAUUGUAAUAAGAUCACAUUGCCCCUAAUGAGCUGUUCUUUCUAAUUACAAGUGAUUUGGUUAAUUCGUUUCUAUUACUCCAAGAGUUCACAGUGUAGAUUGCCCAAUAAUAAAAGUGGUCUAAUUUGUAGCUGGCUUUUCCUAACACAACUUGACAAAAUGUCAACUUUGACGAGAAUCAAUGGCGUAGGGUUAUAUUCCAGACAAACAUUAGAUCUGUCACUUGUAAAGUAUGUAAUGUCUCCAGAGGUUUUUAAAUAAUUGAUGAACUACCUCACACAAUCAAUGUACUAUUUCAAGGACGUCAAGCUGCCCACUUUCCGACCAGUCAGUACCAACAUGGAACCUAACUGUUAAUUUAUUUCUGUUGUUAAAGAGUCUGUGGUCCACCACCAGGAGUUAACCAAGUUCACAGCUGAAACUGUCAUGUAGAAGGAAACAUUGCUAUACCGUACUUUGUAUGUUAGAGACAUGUUUAAUGUGUUUGUAUAUUUGUUUUCUCAUAGUCAAUGUGCAAUAAUAUUUGCAAGUGAUACAAAUUUGAUUGUAAAGAUGGAAAUAGCUGUGAUGUGGUAUACUUAUUUUUGAGGGCGGUGUGGGGAUGUGAAGGGAUUGUAGUAUUUUUUUCCUGUACGAUGUAAGAUAAACAAAUGUAAGAUUGUAUUAAGUGCCAGGGUUAGGUAGCUGAGGGCAUGGUGUCUGCAUCUGCUCCUUGGGUUAGUUUAUUUUUUUAGUACAUAAAUGUUGAAUAGUUUUUUGCCUCCCUCCUCACCCUCUCCCCUUCAAAAUGGGCAUAUCCAGAGUGGACUGUUGGAAUGUCUGCAGCAGAGUGGAUAUUAUAUAAUUUUUUAAAAAUCAAGGUAAUGUUUGUUUGUAUGAACUUGUUUCAUCCUAUUAGAUACAGUAUACUGAAAGCAGCUCUUUAAUUACAUCGCAAAAUAAAAUGUUUCUAUUUUUUUAUCUCAAGUGCUUAGUGAAUAGACUUAGCACUAUGGGAUAUCAGGAUGUUCGCAGUGGUAGACUGAUCUAAUGAGCAAUUUCCCAGUACAUAGGGUGACUUAAAGAUGUUCUAACAUCUGUCUUCAACAGCUUCUGAAAUGAUAACUCCUAUUAAGAAUUUUCUGACUCACCUUUAGCACAGUCAAAACUUAAUCCCUUUGUGCUAAAAGUGGAUCAACCUUUAAGACUGCUGAUUAGGAGUGGACAUAAAAUUUAAAUGCAUGUCUGCUGAUCCUGAUUAGAAUAGGAUUAAACAAAGUUAAAUAAUGUUUAAGAUUUAAUGAAAAAUUUCCAAUCAAUUGUUUUGCAUAAUUUAAUAUAACCUUGAGAUUUGAACCAGGUUGAAAGUUAGAUGCAAACUUCAGUUUUUUUUUCUCUGUCUAGUGAUAUUGAUGCUUAGAAUUUGAAGCUCAAGAUAUCACAUUCUUUGAGCACCACACCUGCCUUCUGCCUGCCCCCUUUCCCCCUUAGUGCAGUGAAAAGACCUGCUGAAAAGAAAGGAAAUGUAAGUGCUGGAAAUCUUCACGUAAAACACAGUAACAAAGAAUAAACUCAUUCAGCAUUGAUGGAGAAAUUGGUUAAAGUUCAUCAUAACAUACAGUUAAUAAUUCAAAAAACAUAAGCUAGACUUUUCACGGGCAUUGACUGUCCUGCUUUGAACUUAGCAGUAUUUUAUUUUCUAUUACAGUUUGUUUUUAGUGUUUUAAACCAAAAGAACACUAAAAUAGUUGCAGUGGUUCUGAAUGCUGACAGUUUUUCAUUUAAAUAACUAUUUUAAAAAUCAACUGUACUGUUUCUCAGUGCUUAUUUUCCUCCUUCCUCACUGUUUUCUCACCUGUGGGAGUAUGUGUGUGAGAGAGCGUCAUAUACAAGUAAUUAUAUUGUCAGUGCCAAAUUUCUAAGGGAGGCAGAAGAAAUUGUUUCUGUUUACUGUAAUGCUUUCACAAAAUUUGUCACUCGCAUAUUAUCCUCUCUGGAUUACUUCCUUCAGUAAGCUCUUUUUAUAUCCACGAUGACCCUCCAUAUUUUCAACAUUUUACGUGAAGCUACACUUUGUGAAUUUGUAUUUCAUGCUUUGUCAAUGCGCCAUAAUCUUCCAAUAUGGGAAAAAAUAAAAUGUUGGAA